CCUUAAUCAGACAUCACUAACGAAUGGCCCCGAGGAGUCACAAGCAUGGCUUCUUCAUCUGCUAUUCCCCCAGGAAUCUCAGACUCAUUGGGCAGUGAUUCCACAGUGUCUGAAUUAGUAGUGGAGAUAAAGCCCCGGUACCACAUUGCUGGAAGUAUGGGUGUAUUCUAUGAUCGUGAACCGUAUGCCAAUGAGAAUGCUACACACGUAACUCGAUUUAUAGGCUUAGCUCCUGUUGGAAAUAAAGAUAAACAGAGAUUCAUUCAUGCAAUUUCUCCCACUCCAACAUCUUCAAUGUCUAAAGCUGAGUUAAGCACAAAACCACCAAACACUACUUUAUCUCCAUAUGCAUGUGUUGACAAAGCUGCUCCAACUGAGGGAUCAGCAAAAAGACCUGGCGAUAGUGCUUCUGAUUCGCAGUAUUGGAGAUAUGAUGCUUCUCAAAAGAGACAGAAACGGGGUGAUGGUGAUGCUGCUAAGUUGUGCUAUAAGUUUAUUCUUUCUGGAUCUUGUCCACAUGGGAUGAAAUGUAACUUUCAGCAUGAUGAAGAAGCAAUGGAACAGUACAAAAGGGGUGUGUGCUUUGACUUUCUCGUCAAAGGGAAAUGUGAAAAAGGUCCUGACUGCAAAUUCAAGCACAAUUUGCAAGGUGACUCUGUUGUACCUCAAUCUAGAGAGGCAAGCUCUAACAGAUCAAGAGAAUGCUGGUUUUGCUUGUCGAGCCCUAAUGUGGAGUCACAUCUGAUUGCUAGUGUUGGAGAAUACUACUACUGUACACUUGCCAAAGGACCUCUAGUACCAGAUCACGUGCUGAUUCUGCCCGUUGAACAUGAACCUAGCACCCUAUCUCUGUCAUCUGAAUGUGAACUGGAACUAGAAAGGUUUCAGAAUGCUCUCAGGGCUUACUUCAAAAAGAAUGGAAAGGAAGCAGUUUUCUUUGAGUGGGUCUUUAAACGAAGAACUCAUGCCAAUCUCCAGGUAGUUCCUGUCCCAUCAAACAGGGUGGGAGCAUUGCAAAACAUUUUUAAUUUGGCUGCUGAAAGAUUGGGUAUUAAGUUUACAACCACCAAAGGGUUCAAAGCGCGAGAACAAUUACGGACAGAGUUUGAUAAAACUUGCAGCCUAUUCUAUGUGGAACUUCCCGGAGAUACAAUUCUAUCACAUGUUGUUAAGGAGCAUGAAAACUUCCCUUCUCAGUUUGGGCGUGAGGUUUUGGCUGGGUUGUUGCAAAUGGCAGAUAGGGCUGACUGGAAAAACUGCGCGCUUAGCAAAGAGGAAGAGAUGAAAAUGGUCGAGUCUUUCAAGAGCGGAUUUCAAGAAUAUGAUCCAAAUCAGUGAUUCGACGGACAAGGUAUUGAAACACAACAACAAGACACAGUAGUCUUUGAAUUUGAAGUUAGAAGAAGAGAGCAUACACAAUUGGCCACAUAUCUAAUAGUAUUAAUGAGGCUAAUGUGAUAGGGUUUGAGUUUUGUGGAGCCAUUCUUUGGCCUUUUUUUUGGACAAAGUGCUAAAGUGUUUUUGUUAGAAAUAGGACCAGGUAGUGUACAAUUUGGCCAUGUACUCGAAAUUAAUGCAAUUCACACAGUAAUCCUUUCAUGGCUGUGGGUGUUAAUUCAAAUGCAGGCAUAACUCACAAUGAAAGGACUUUAAUUUCAUUCCGAUUUUCACAAGACCCAGCGGCAAAGCUUUCAGAUAUGGCAUAUCUCCAUCCUUCCUCCUCCUCCUCUGACAAAGCUUUCACGGCCAAGCAGUGGCGGCAAAGCAUUCAGGCGUUAGCAAGCUUUCAGAUCGAGGCGGGGGUGGGUCUGUGAGACGGAAGGGUGGGGCUGGGCAACUAUGGGUUUGAGUGAGAUGGAAGACGAAGGCCCUGUUUGGCAUCAGCGUUAGUAAUUAGCACUAGCGUUUUGAAAAGGCUAUCCGACGGUAGCCUUUAAUGUCGGCGUUUUUAGAACUAAUAUACACUAUUAAAAUUUUAUUUAAAAUGCGAACGCUAAUAAAAAAACGUUGUUCCCAAACAAGGUGGAACCGUGGAAGUAGAUGGGUAGAAAACGGAAAGGGCAAAAUAAAAAAGUCCUUGUUUU